AUGAAGGAUAAGGAGGGGAGUACACUUGUCUCCCUUAACGGGAAAUGGAUAUCACAUACGCACACUGUGCUCGCUUACUUGGGGUUUAUCGGUGCUCUGAUUGUGGGAUUAAACCUGCAUUUCUACAAAAUCGUUAAAAACGAACAUUAUGGCUAUCCGCAAGAGUGGUUCCCAUCGGUAUCGGCAACCAUUGGCGAUCGGUAUCCCGAGCGAUCGGUAUUUCAGAUUUGCAUCGCCUUAACUUCGGGUCCUCGAUUUCUUCUAGUUGUGCUAUGGUAUUAUCUUACCGCAAGGCCCGGUGCCUCCCUGCCAAAAUUUGUUGCAUUCACGGGCGUCGCACGAACCCUCCUAUGUGGAGGAUGGGUUUAUAUCACUUCUACCGAUGACCACGAUUGGCAUGAUAUCUUCAUGAUUUCCUACCUUGUCUUGACACUGCCAUGGACUCUUGGAUGCCUCGCUACCUCGCCGGUCAAUGCUAAAGCCAUCAAGUACCGAAAGAUACUUGCUACUCUGUUCUUUGGUACCCUCGUGCCUUUAAUCUACUUUUUCAUUCAACAUAAGGUCCAUAAGGUGGCUGGUGCUUACACAAUCUACGCUUUCUUCGAGUGGUCUUUAAUCUUAUAUGACGUUGGAUUUGAUGCUGUUACUGCGCUUGACUUUGAAGGCUUUGAACUGCAUCUCGUUGAUACUAAAGGUUUCCACAAAGGAACCACCCAGCUGGCUGAUGUUUAUGCCGAUGAUGCAAAGAAAACAAAGCAGCCGCUUGCCCAAGAAUUUACCGGCGCCUUUUCGUGGGCAGCUUUGAUUGAUACCGCCAGCGAUGUGUACCUUGGAUUCGCAUUCUGGUCCAUUCUAACUGCCCUCGGCGUUGUCGUUUGGUACUUCCCGCUAUGGCACAUGGGUAUCUCCGGAUAUGAGAUCGCUAUUCUUGCAACUAUAUCCCCAUACCUUCUCGUGAAUAGAUCGGUGCGAAAGUUCGUAUUUCUGAACAUUCACAUUGUCUACUCCGCUUCCCUUUUAACCCUAGUUGCCUUCUUUUUCGUUACGCCGGAAAUUCGUCUUUUCCUGACAACCACGGGCUUGUUCUUCGCCUGUCUGGCUUGGGCUGCGAAUUUUAGCCUCGAAAGCACAACUAGCAGGAUCGAUAUCAAGACAUCGGCCUUUUCCCUGGGCCUUAUUAUGUCGAGCGUCGCAAAGUUUUCUAAUCAUACUAAUAAUCCGAUCUGGCCUCUAAUGAACUCUGUCAAUGGUGGGUGGAAUAAGAUCGGUCUAGUCCUUGCAGUGCUCGCUAUCGCUAGGACUCAUUUCAGGCGGCCAAUUGCGCCAGCUGUGGAUACAACGAUGUAUUCUGGGAAAGAUGGUUCCCAAUAUCUGGCCUCUAUUGGGUUUGGCGGGCUCUUGUUCGGUCUACACUCUCUCCUAUCCGACUCUAGUACCAUGAUCACCUGGGUUUGGGACGGAUAUCCAGUCAAGGGGCCAUUGGCUGUCCCUCAUGGCGCAUAUACCAUCAUCGCGAUGGGAGCUGGCUUUCUAAUUGGCAUUCUCCGACAGGAGUUUGCAACUAGCCCCGCUUUCUAUGUAAUAGGUUGCAUUGGGGCAGCCUUUUUACAGUCAUUCAAUGGAUGGUGGGGCUACUACGGUGCUCUCGCCCUUGCUGUCUACUUGAUGGCUAUCACACCUUCAUUUAUUCAAAUGUGUGCUAGGUAUCCCCCGGGCGCCACUUUUGGUACUGGUUUUAUGGUUUACAACCUCCUCGUCCUCGCUCACGUUUGGGUUGUUGCCUACGCUUUCGUCCCAGGCGGCUUCCUUCUCAGGGAAAGAACAUGGCUUGUCAUGACUAUCAUGAUGGCACUCAUCGGCGUCGGCCUAUCAGUAAUCAUAGGUACAAAAGCAGGAGGACCAACUUCUAAAUCUCAAAACAACUACAGCAGCAUCCGAAAGCCAUCUCGCUCAUAUUUUGUCUACUCCCUCGCCUUCCUCGAGCUCCUCGCUGUCUCAAUCGCGUACCUCCGUUUCCCACACCUGGACUAUAAACCGUACCAUGAGAAAGAGAAAUUGGUAACAGCAGGUAUCUGGACUGUUCACUUUGCAUUGGAUAAUGAUAUGUGGUCAUCCGAACGCCGAAUGCGGGACUUGAUCAAAGAAAUGGAACUUGAUGUUGUGGGUCUUCUUGAAAGCGAUUUGCAACGUAUCAUCAUGGGGAACCGCGAUAUGACACAGUUCCUAGCAGAAGAUCUGGGCAUGUACGCCGACUUUGGCCCAGGCCCGAAUAAACAUACCUGGGGUGCCGCGCUUCUAUCCAAAUUCCCAAUCGUGAACUCGACACAUCACCUUUUGCCAUCACCGGUUGGAGAGUUGGCCCCUGCUAUCUUGGCGACGUUGGACAUGUACGGUACCAUGGUCGAUGUGCUCGUUUUCCACAGCGGGCAGGAAGAAGAUGUCGAAGAUCGAAGAUUGCAGAGUGAAGGGAUCAGCAAGCUUAUGGGUGGCAGCCCUCGGCCGUUGAUCCUUCUCAGCUACUUGGUAACCAAACCGAAGGAGGGAAACUAUAAUACUUACGUAAGCAAGGAGAGUAGGAUGAGAGAUAUCGAUUCUACAGACUGGGAUAGAUGGUGUGAAUACAUCUUGUAUAGAGAUUUGCACCGUGUAGGAUACGCGAGGGUUAGCAGAUCGUCGAUCACAGAUACUGAACUUCAGGUUGGGAAGUUUGUUAUCGAUGGGAAGCAAUCGUCCGAGAUAAGGGUUGACGAGGAAGAUGUCCCUGAGGGAUGGAGGUUUCCAGCACAGUUUAAUGGGGAUGGAGUCCGGGGCCAUCAUUAUCACGUUUUUGAUGAACCGAGGUGA